AUGAAUAUAACCCUUUGUGAACAGAUCGGAUUCCCUACGUUCCAACAGAAAGAAGGAAAAACGGUGUCCCUGGUGGGGAGCAGGAGCGGCUGGGUGCCAUACGACGUGACUGCGGCCGUGAAAGAGGCCCUCCGUUCACCCCUUCGUCUCAUGGAGAUGAAGGUGGAAAAGCUGAAGCCGGGCCCGGAAGGUUACAAAUGGAGAAGUCUACUCAAGGGUCACGUCAUCCGGCACCAUUCACCUCCGUUUCUCGUCUGUUUCUCUCGGGAUCUCAACUCUGAAGCCAACAGCCUCGAUGCGAUUCUUCGAAAUCAUAUCCACCUCCUCUCGUUCGACAGACGGAAGCGAUCGGUGCUGGACAACAAAAUCGAUGGAGGGGACUUCGGAAUCGGGCACGAUCCGACCGAAACGAAUUCGAUCAUCACGAAUGCCCUGCCGGACCUCACCGAGACGAAUGGCAUGUUGUUCCGAGAGGAAGAUUUGCUUCCGACUCAAGCCGGUUAUUGGGAUCCGGAGGAACUCCCGUACGGCGAAGACGGCCCCGAAGACGGCCCAACCUUUGGCAACGGAUUCGGAAAGGCUCGCAAGAAAAAGAAAGGGAAGAAACGUGGGAAACUCUUGCCUCUCGAAUGGCAACAUCCUUACAGGACGGCGGCGAUCGCAAAGAUGAAGGAAGCCGGACUGGGUCCUUCUCCUUGGCAGAGUCGUACGCAAUGUCGGAAGAGAUCCCUCACCGUGGACUUCAAACAACUCGGUUGGGACAAGUGGAUCAUCGCUCCUCGGUCCUUCGAAGCCAACUACUGCGCUGGAUCCUGCUCCUUCCCUCUCCCGCAUGCGUCGAAUCCAUCGAAUCACGCGACGAUCCAGAGUCUCCUUCGUGUGUUGGGAAUGGGGAAAGAACUUCCGUCUCCGACCUGUGCCCCUGGAUCCAUGGCUCCCAUGUCUCUUCUCUACUUCGACGGGAAAGAGAGCGUGGUGUUGAAGAGCUACUCCGGUAUGAGCGUUCUCUCUUGUGGAUGUCGGUGAACCCUUCACUCUUCGCGAUGCUAGUCAAAUCCCUCCCUCGAGGACCGAAAGACGCGAUCGGCCAGCAACUUCCAAUCUCGCCUCGUCUCGUCUGAUGUCGAGUCCAUCGAGGCACGAAUCCCGAUCGUGACGAGGGUUUUCCUGCCUGCCUCGUCGGUCGAAAGACUUCGAUUCCGACGAGUUACAAACCAUCGAUGUUCCCGCGUUUCGUGUCGCCGUGGUGCCAAAGAUUGUGCCCAAUCCGAAUGAGAAAUAUGAAUGAGUCAAAUUGUAUCGACUUGUCCGACGCAUGAGAGUGAAAUACGUGUUUCGUGGUGAUGAAUGCUUCGGAUUUACUCACACCUUCCGGUUCUGCUAGUUUUACUUUUUUUUUCUCGGUGGGAUACCAGGGGGGCGAUGAAAGAACCAG